CAUCCAAUCGGGAGAGAGCUAUCAGCGUGAUUUACAGCCGCGGGGGCUGAGAGAGGGAGGUGCGACGCGGGGGGAGGAAGAGAAAAAAAAAAAGCAAAUUGUUGAGUGAACAGCAUCAGUGGAGAGUGGAGUGGAGGAGACCGCAGUGAGGGCGCAGGCUGCCAAGAGGAGACACAGGCAGAACAAGAGGAAAGAGGCCAAGUCCGACAUUUAUCCACUGAAAGAAAAAUGUUUUUCCUAUUUUUCUAGUAUGGAUUAUGGUUUCUUUUUCUCAACUCCUUCCCUGACUGCCUUCAUCACUCCAGCCGCACCGCGCUUCACUGGAAUGUGCGCUCUAGCUUCUCCGGGACGCAGCUGAACAACAAGACAGUGGAACAGUGGAGCUAGAAUAGAGAAAAUAAAAUAAAAGCUCCAUCAGUCAUUUUAACUAUUUCUUUGUUUUUACAAGAUGCCUCUCUUUUAACGGGACAGAUUUUUCUGGAUGCCUUACGCGUUUUUGGAGACUUUUACGCAUUUUUGAGACUUUUACAUCCCGAUUUAAAUGUGAUGGAAAUUGACAUUUUGUCCAUUAACAGAGGAUAACACGGUUUAUGGUCUUUUCUACCCAAGUGCACUUGUUUUUCCGGCGAUGAUUGUGUUUGUGAUUGUCCUGUGCAUCACGGAUGGAGUGCUCGCUCAGAUACGCUACUCUGUGCCGGAGGAGGCGGACCAUGGCACCUUGGUGGGGAAUAUCGCCGAAGACCUGGGACUGGACCUUACCAAACUGGCCUCUCGCCGGUUCCAGGUAGUGCCCAGCUCUCGCACGCCGUACCUGGAGGUGAACUUGGAGAACGGCGUCCUGUUCGUGAGCGAGAAAAUCGACCGGGAGCAGAUCUGCAAGCAGAGCGUCAGCUGCCAGCUCAACAUGGAGGUGUUUUUGGAAAACCCGCUGGAGCUGUUUCGGGUCGAAAUCGAGGUGGUGGACAUCAACGACAAUUCGCCCAGCUUCCCGGACACGGACAUCACGGUGGAGAUCUCAGAGAGCGCCACUCCGGGCACCCGCUUCCCCCUCGAGAGCGCGUUCGACCCGGACGUGGGCUCUAACGCAUUACGCACGUACGAUAUCACCACUAACAACUUCUUUUACCUGGACGUGCAGACCCAAACGGACGGAAACAAGUUCGCAGAGCUGGUCCUGGAGAAGCCGCUGGACCGGGAGCAGCAGGCGGCGCACAGGUACGUGUUGACCGCGGUGGACGGCGGUCAGCCUCCACGGACUGGCACCGCGCUGCUGGUGGUCAAAGUGCUGGACUCUAACGAUAAUGUUCCGGUGUUCGACCAGCCCGUCUACACGGUGAGCCUCCCGGAGAACGCACCGGUGGGCACGCUGGUCCUUCAGCUGAACGCCACCGACCUGGACGAGGGACUAAACGGGGAGAUAGUUUACUCCUUCAGUAACCACAUCUCCAGCCGCGUAAAGGACUUGUUCAGCAUUGAUCCGCGCACCGGGCGCAUCGAGGUGCGCACAGAGGUGGACUUCGAGGAGAGCGGCCUCUAUCAGAUCUUUGUCCAGGCCAAGGACCUGGGGCCAAACGCCGUGCCCGCGCACUGCAAAGUGCUGGUCAAAGUCAACGACUUGAACGACAAUGCACCGGAGAUCACCUUCAGCACCGUCACCGAGUCGGUGAGCGAGAAGGCGGCUCCCGGCACCGUGAUUGCGCUGCUGAGUGUCACGGACCGGGACGCAGAGGAGAACGGUCAGAUCAACGUGGAAAUCCUCGGUGAUGUCCCGUUCAAAUUAAAAUCCUCCUUCAGGAAUUAUUUCACCAUCUUGACGGACGGGCCGCUGAACCGGGAGCUGGCGGAAUCCUACUCGGUCACGGUGGUGGCGCGGGAUAAAGGGACACCGUCGCUCACCACCAGUAAGUCCAUCCGAGUCCAGGUGUCCGAUGAGAACGACAACGCGCCCACUUUUACGCAGACCAUAUAUGAUGUGUAUGUGACAGAGAAUAACGUGCCAGGGGCAUACAUACACGCGGUGACGGCUCUGGACACGGACAUCGGGCAGAAUGCGCUCAUCAGCUACUCCAUAUUAGAGUGUGACAUCCAGGGCAUGUCAGUCAAAACCUAUGUGUCAAUCAACGAGGAGACAGGCUAUCUGUACGCACUCAGGUCCUUCGAUUAUGAGCAGCUGAAGGAUUUCACUUUCAUGGUCCAAGCCAAAGACGCGGGCACCCCGGAGCUCUCCUCCAACGCCACAGUCAAAGUCAUCAUCGUGGAUCAAAAUGACAAUGCCCCGGUGGUGUUGGCACCCCUGGGGAAGAACGGCACAGCCAGGGAGCCCCUGCCCCGCUCAGCUGAGCCGGGAUACCUGGUGACCCGCAUAGUGGCCAUGGACGCGGACGACGGCGAGAACGCGCGGCUCUCCUACAGCAUCCAGCGAGGGAACGAGAAUGGCAUGUUCAGGAUGGACUGGAGGACGGGCGAGCUCCGCACGGCGAGGAGGGUGUCGGUCAAGCGAGACCCCCACCAGCUCUACGACCUGCUGAUCGAGGUGAGGGACCACGGCCAGCCGCCGCUGUCCUCCAGCGCCAGCGUGCUGGUAGUGCUGGUGGACAGUGUGGCUGAGGGCCACGGCAGCGGGGACAGGGGAGGCGCUGCCAAGGCCAAAGAUGGCACCCUGGACCUCACCCUGAUCCUCAUCAUCGCCCUGGGCUCCGUCUCCUUCAUCUUCCUCCUGGUCAUGAUCGUGCUGGCCGUGCGCUGCCAGAAGGACAAGAAGCUUAACUUUUACACCUGCCUGACCAGCGACUGCUGCCUGAGCUGCAGCUCCUGCUGCUCUCAGCAGGGCCGAGCGCGCAAGAAAAAGCUCAGCAAGUCGGAUAUCAUGCUGGUGCAAAGCGCUGUUAACGUGAGUGGACCCAGUUCAGCUCAAGUCCCCGUGGAGGAGUCAGGGAGCUUCGGCUCCCACCACCAAAACCAGAACUAUUGCUACCAGGUAUGUCUGACUCCAGAGUCUGCCAAAACCGACCUCAUGUUCCUAAAGCCGUGUAGUCCCUCUAGGAGCACAGACACCGAUCACAACCCGUGCGGGGCCAUAGUCACAGGGUACACAGACCAGCAGCCUGACAUCAUAUCAAACGGCAGCAUUUUAUCAAGCGAGACCAAACACCAACGAGCUGAACUCAGCUACCUGGUUGACAGGCCAAGACGUGUCAACAGCUCGGCGUUCCAGGAGGCCGACCUGGUGAGCUCCAAAGACAGUGGCCACGGAGACAGCGAGCAGGGAGACAGCGACCACGACGCCACUAAUCGAGGCCAUUCCUCCGGUGCUGAUCUGUUCUCUAACUGCACGGAGGAGUGCAAGGCCCUGGGCCACUCAGAUCGCUGCUGGAUGCCGAGCUUCAUGCCCUCCGACGGGCGCCAGGGUCCGGACUACCGCAGCAACCUCCACGUGCCUGGCAUGGACUCUGUCCCCGACACAGAGGUAUUUGAAAGCCCAGAGCAAACGGCCGAUAAGUCAUUCUCCACCUUUGGCAAAGAGACGCCUCUCAGUCAUCAACACCAACACCUCCAUCACCACCAUCUUCUCCAAAACCAUCACGUCAGACACCACCACAGCUCCCUAGAGAGGAAAGAGUUGGAGGCAUUUCUGCCUAGCUCCAGAACACCUUGUAACCCAGCUCAUUUAACGAGGAAAAGGGUUUGCUAGCUCCUUCCGCGUGGACAUAUCGGAAACCGCGUGACUUUGCACAAUCACUCCCUGAUGACCAAGGCUGUAAAAAACAACAACAAAAAAAACCAAGAAGCAUUAAGUUUUCAACCCAUUUAACCCUCCCCUCCCUCAUCCCUCCUCACCCAGCAAAAAAAAUCUAUAAAAAAAUAAGAAUAAAUAAAAACACACUACAACACACAAAAUGUGAAACCCCACCCCCCUGCCCCUUUGAGGAACUUAGAGUUCCCACCUUUCUGGAAUUCCUUGGAUCACUGCCGGGCUUUGGAGGCACCCCUCUCUCGGGAAGAGGAGACACGGAGGAGAGGGGGUGGGACAGAUGGGUGCGGGCAGGUAGACGGAUAGCCUUAUACUGGGAGGACCCCCAUUGUCUCAGCGGGACUGAGAAACAAACAGAGGAGGAGGAAGGACAGCGGUGACGGAGAGACGAAACUGUUCCCUGGUCUCGUGCCGUUCCUUUUCCAAUCUGCGUGUGCCUGUUUACAGCACGGAUGUGUACGUCUCUGAGGGAAACGUUACCACAUGAGGACCGGAUGUGUAUACUGAAGACAAACUGAAAUGACAGCCACACAGAGAAACCGCCACUGAGCCCUUUAGGCAUUUGUACUCGCAGAGAGACGCCAAAUUGUACAGGAGAAUCUUUGUGCAUUUCAAAAUGCAAUACCACAGUUUUAGAAUUUUCUAUUCUGUUUAUGUGGUCAGGUGUCUCUAUUCUGAUCUACUUCAAACUUUGUAAGAAAAGAUUGUGGGCAGGAUGUAUUUUUAUUUAUGUAUUUUUUUUUUUUAUUCUGAGUUCUUUUCAUUUCGUUUUUGUUCUUUUCUGCAUUGGAUUUGGUCUGUUCGCCAUAUCGUGGGCUUGGACAGUGUUUGGCCUGCACUCUUCUGAUUCUGAGGUGUCAAGUAGUUUCUAUCAUGUGUGAGAAGUGUUUACUGUACUCUUUUAAAAGUUUCAAGCUGAAUAUAAAACUAUAUAUAAAUCCAUCUAUAUCUACUUGUUCUGAAGGCGUGCUAUCCAUUUGGUUCCACGCUCUGAUUCAGAGGUUUGACUCCUGGUUAAAAACCCUGAUGAAGGUUGUUCUUUUAUUUUUAUUUUCCCACUGGGAGACAUAAAGAGAGACAGAGGUUCUCAUUGUUUGACAUUAUUUCAUUCUUUUUUUUUUUUGUUUCCACUUUUGGAUAUUGAUAAAGAUUAUGUCUAUAAAUAAAAAGAAGGUAAUAAUUUAGAUUGAAAUCAGUGGUAAUUUUGUGUCAUUGUAACCAAAACUUUAAGGGUACAUUUAUAAGGAAACAGGACAAUAACGAGGCCAAAUGCAGAGGGUGUUGUACACAAAUGCAGUUGGAAAGCAGUCGACACACAUUUCUUUCUCACACAUUACAAACACAAACACACCAAUAUGCCAACAAUAAACGGAAACAAAUGGUGAAAA